AGUUACGCUGAAUCCACUGCUUCUUAGCGCGCAACACUUUACUGUUGCAUCCGAAUAGAAGUUGUGCUCGUGCCGACAACAUAACAUCCGCGCAUCACCGAACUAAUCGCAAAGAACAUCGUACAACAUGCUGAAAUCCCAGUGUAUCGGAUGUUUAGCGAUGUUAGCUUUUCUGUACACAGUGUCAAGUCUCAAGUGUUAUCGUUGUGGAACUUACAAUCAAGAGGGUACCGGAUCAGUAGCUCCUUGUUAUGAUUUUAACAAAACACACCUAAAAGACUGUCCCCCCUCAGAAAACUCGUGCAUGAAAUACUCCAACAAAGGAAUAGUCGUCAGACAGUGCAUCAAAGACUGCAAACCUCAAGAAGGAGACAUGGAGGUGUAUUGUUGUCAGACUGAUGGCUGUAAUGGAAGCCGACCAAUGAUAGUCGAGAUUGUUCCAGAAGUGGCGGCAGUUAUUUCUAUCGUAUUACUUUUAUUCUUGCACUAAAUACAACAACUGGAAAAGACGAAAGAAAAUCUACUUAUGGAGCUUCUACCUUCUGUUGCCACCAGCAGAAGUGCACCAUCCACAAAAUGAACUUUAAAGGAAUUACAUCACCGUAUCUAUUAAGACCCAAACUCGCUUCCCACCAAAGCAGGUUCAAUAACUACAUAUAAAUGUAUAUUUGUCUGUAUGUAUGUAUGUAUGUAUGUGUGUGUGUGUGUGUGUGUGACACAAUAGGCUAUUUGUUGGUAUUGUAUUAGUUGCUCUAAAAAAAACUUACAUUAGUAAGGCUGUUGUGUAGUUGUGAAAAAAAAAUUGUCUUUUAAACAGAACAGCAGUAGAAUACUAAGUACAUUUACUUUUGUACGUGAUUAAUAAAUAAAUUAAUGGUCAAAAUGAUCUUGUUCAAUUAAAUCUUUAGUUAUACCCCUGAGAUAAACAGUGAAAGGUUUGAUAAUUAACAGAAUUUAGAAUAACAAACUAACUUUGUUGAAAUGAUAAACUAGAAGCCUGCUACAUAUUGAGCUUGAAUUGAACCAAGUUUUAACUUAAAGCACAUUAAAGCUGUAGAGUGAAUAUUUCGUAAAUUCGAACAGAAACAUUUUUCAUCAACUACAUAUAUAUACCUGUAUGUAUGUGUGUCUGUCUGUCUGACAUUCCGUACGUUUUUAGUGAUUCCAAUGCAGACAGCUGUCACAAUUUCUAUAUAGUGUUCUUAUGAGUUCAUAGUAUUCUUCAGUGCUUUUAGAGAAAUAGGAAAGCUCAGUUGUGCUUAAUAUAUAGUUUUAUUUUCUUUAUGAACGCAAUGCCACAAUGUUGCAUUUUCAACUAUUGGACUCUAAUCAUUUUUGCCUUGUAUGGGAAUUAACGCCUCUAUCACAGUCAUUCUUCGAUACGUAAACGGUAAACAGUAAAUUACUCAAGUAAACAGUAAAUUAGAAGUAGUUACAUUGAAACUCAUUAUCAUACUGAAUUAGUGCUAAACGUACGAGUCAGAAACGUUCAACUGCAUUAACGUUUCUCGACAUCAUUCGAAUGCAUUUCAAGUACGCAAUAAUCUUCUGCAAGCUGGGAUGAAUUUUUUUUAUGUCAUAUCAGAAGAUAAUUUAAACAGUCAGACCAAUACUUUGGUUUACAAUUAUAUUAAUUUCUAAGAAUAUAAAGGAAGCCGUAUGUGCAAAUAAUAUUGAUGUGGAAGCAUUCCAGAAUCUUGAGUUAAAGGUAUAAUAUAGCUAAUAUAAAACAUUUAAAAGAUUUUACUAUGAUGUUAACUUAGUCAACGAGUGCUCGAUGGUUCGGCAGUAAGCUUGAAGGCUAAACGUUUGUGGUUUAUGUUACUGCUUUUUACUUAAAAACGAACAAACAAAUAACAUAGUAAAAAUCCAAGAAUAAGAAAACAAUAUUAUUUUGUUCAAAAAUUUAAAGAAAGCUGAACUUCGACAGUAAGAAGAAGAUAAUAUUUUUAUCACACGAACAAUGUUAUUUUGUUCUACGCAGGCGAUAUUAACAAACCAAUGUUGAAUAAUCUCACCUUUUACUGCUCUAUUGUUUGUGUUGGUCACACUAACAGGUAGGAGUAAAGUGAAUUUUUAAAAAUAAAAUUGAUAUUAUUUUACAGAUAACAAAAGUCGUUUUCGAAUAGAAAUCUAGAUUUAUAGAUUAAUGCUUUCUUAAGAAAAAACUUUUAUGUGAACGAAUAACAAAAUAAGCACGAACUUCUAGUCCUUAAUUUUAUUCUUCCCAGUCAUAAUUUUCACAAGAGAGAAGAAGUUAAACGUAUAAAACAUCAUGCUUAGACCUUAUAGGCACCAAUUCAAACACUUCUGCAUAUUUCUGGCUCUAAACAAAUACAAUCCUUUAUUACAAAUGUUUUUUGCUCUUGUUAAAAUUUUUCAGUUUAGAUGUAUUGUAGAGAUGUCACGUGGUUCGAUAGAAACGGGUAGUCACUGAUUGGUACUGUCUAAAAGUGUAACGUGUGUUGCAGUUGUUCUAUUUGUUUACUAUAUAGUAGGAUUAAUGUGAAAAAAUGACUACAGCUUUCAAAACCUGUA